AUGCCAGCUGCAUCGUCUACCAAGAAGAUCCCGUCGUUACGGCAACUGACUGCAAGGCUGAAAGAAACCCAAUCUUCGCUUUUGGACAUUUGGAAGUUCAUUGAAGACUUCAAGGAGGAUACCAAGCUUUCUCAGGUAGAAGUGCGCCUGGAAAAACUAGAAGAACUGUGGGAAAAAUUCGGUGACACGCUAGUCGAGAUCAAGUCUCAUGAUGACUUUGAUGAGGAGGAUGCAAGUUACGACAAGGAAAGGCGGGAGUUCAAUAACCGUUACUACGAAGCCAAGUCCUUUCUCGUAGACCAGGUGAAGGAAAAGAAGGAGCCAUCAGAGCAAAACACGCAGAUAAAUGAAUCAUUGGUACAAGGUGCUCUUGAUAAUGUGCGCUUGCCGCAGAUCAAACUGCAGAACUUCAAUGGCGAUAUUGAUGAAUGGCUCAGUUUUCGAGACCUUUUCACCUCCCUAAUACAUUGGAAGGCAGACCUACCUGAGGUGGAGAAGUUCCACUAUUUAAAGGGAUGCCUUCAGGGAGAACCGCGGAGCUUAAUCGACCCAUUAAAAAUAACUAAGGCGAACUACGAGGUAGCAUGGGAUAUUCUGCUAAGGCGCUAUAAUAAUAGCAAGCAGCUGAAGAAAAGACAGAUUCAAUCGCUGCUAUCGUUGCCUUCACUUUCCAAGGAGUCCGUUGGGGAGUUACAUUCGCUUUUAGAAGGUUUUGAGCGAAUAGUACAAACACUCGACCAGAUAGUAGAGCCAGCGGAAUAUAAGGAUCUCUUGCUGGUGAAUAUCCUUACGUCACGCCUGGAUCCUGUGACGCGCAGAGGUUGGGAAGAGUUUUCUUCGUCAAAGGAGAACGAUUCAUUGGAGGAUCUCAAUGAGUUCCUCAAUCGACGAGUCCACGUAUUGCAAUCGUUACCAGCCAAAUCUGCAGAAACCACAGGUACCCAUCAUCCCCCAUUACAGUCACAACCAAAACAGAAGCAGUUGUACAUGAAGACGACUUUCAUCACGGCUCAAGCAUCAGCGUUUGGGGAACGUUGUGUAGCCUGUUCCGGUAACCAUCCGCUAUUCCAAUGCAGCACAUUCCAACGGUUAUCAGUCUCGGAUAGAGAUGGUUUGCUGCGAACUCACUCCCUCUGCCGGAAUUGUUUUAGGACGGGACACCAAGCAAGAGAAUGUCAAUCCAAGUACUCGUGCAGAAACUGUAAGGGUCGUCAUCAUACCUUGGUCUGUUUUAAACCAGAAAAGGUGGUUGAGAGCAAGGUUGUCGUAGUAGCAAAGGACAAUAACCCACCUUCCAACAAGGACACACAAGGGGCUUCCAAUUCUUCUUCCUCCCAAGUGGUUAACGGGGCAACCACUGAUACAACGGUUUCAAAUGCUGCACACCAAUACUCAUCUCAAGUUCUACUGGCGACUGCUGUUGUCUUCAUGGUGGAUGAUGACGGCAACAAGCACCCCGCCCGCGCUCUUUUGGAUUCUGGAUCCGAGAGCAAUUUAUAA